GGGACGCGCUCAUACACACGCACACACUUACAGAGAGGAGGCUACAGACCCACGUGUGCACGACGGGCCCGCCCGCACUGCUGCUUCUGCUGACACCCGAGCGAGCGCAGAGGCAGGAGCCCGAGCAAGAGGGGCAGCAUGGCGGGGCUGCUCUACCCGCUCAGGGCCAGCGAGUGCUCCACUGCCACUACAGUCAACAUCUUGCUGGGGGUUUUCCACGUCCUAUUGCCCUGCUUUCGGCAAGGAGGGGGACAAGUGAUUGAACCAGUUCCCAGCAUGGUGGAGCUCUGGCAAGCUGAAGAGGCAGAGCUGAUGCUUCACUCUCAGACGGAUUCUGAUCAGAACCCAGGGGAGAAUCCUCAAGAACAAAAUUUUGCAAGGCCUAGUGGGAGGGCCUUACAUCUGCAGCCUUCGGUUUUAGACUUUGGAACUCAGUCAUUGGGGCUCCCCAAAGUCCAAACCUUCUGUGCUUUCAACCCUUGUAGGGAUAGAGAUGUUGAAGUGAAUUCAGUGUUUACAAGUGGUAGACAUUUCCACGUGUCUCCCAUACAGAGCAGGGUUAUUCGAGCCCGGGGGAAGGCUUCGUUUACAGUUGUCUUCUUGCCUGAUAAUGAGGGAAAUUUUGAAAGCUCUAUAUUUAUAAAUACUUCCUCGCAUGGGAUUCUGUCCUACCAGGUGUUUGGAGUGGGGAUUCCUGCAGCUGGCUCUGAUGAUUCCAAGAAUGCACUUCAGAACACCGAUGUAAUAUUUCCACAUAUUGCAAAUAUUCAUCUUUCACAAUCACAGUCAGAAGCCAUAAACUCCAGCGUUUGGCAGGUCCGCCUAAAAUGCAGUGUUCCUUUCAAAAAGCACCAGCAAGGCAAGAACUGUUUGCCAUCAGGACACUCGCUACUGCUGCAGAUCUACUUUGCUGUCAGGCUGGAUGGCGGCCAACACGAUUUGGAGACUCUCAGGAAUUACGUGCUGGAGAAUAUUUUUAUGAUCUUCGUAAGAAGCAGUCACAAUGGAAAUAUUGAUGAUCCCACAAUUGGUGUAUAUGUGUUAAAUUCUGGCAGUGGUCUUGUUCAUAUGCAGGAUGUUCAUCAUUUUCUAGGUGACACAUUGACUGUAAACUUUGAGCCUGUGAUGCUUCUGAGUGCUUCCAUAAACUUUACAAGGGCUGCCACCAUAUCCUGCUCAGCUAUAGCAUGUGAUUUAGAGAACGCUUUCACAGACGACAACAAAUGGAAUGUUCCUGAGGCUGCUGCUGCCCCGUACCCCUGCAUCUCCCAUAAUGUGACAGACAGGUAUCUUGGAUUGGAUCUGUCAAACAUAUCUUUCUAUAUGCAACCACUUCAGGACCCUAUUGGUUUAUGGUCUAUAUGGCUUGAAAAUAACUUCAACUUCCAUAUAUCUCUGUCAGAAGUGUCAGUGGCACAAGGAAAAGAAGACUUAUUAAAGAUUCUUAACUUUACCAGACUGUUGGCAUUGCCUCCUGGUUGCUGGAAGGUGUUUACAUUUAAAAUUCAAGCCAAAGAUGCCCCUUUGAACUACCUAACAUACAUUCUGGUUGGCACCUCUCUGGGCACCACAUUUAAGAUUCCUGUCCAUGUUCAGUCUGCAUUUUCUAAGCUGGGAAACAUGCAGGAUAAGAUUCAUGCACAAUGUGGAGAACAUCCACUUAUCAGAAUCCUAGAUGCUGGAGGAGCUCUUCGGUGGCAGCAGAGCCUUUCCCUUAGUAUGUCUGCAUGGGGUAUUGAUUAUGAGCUUGGGACGGAAAUUUAUGAGAAAUAUCAGAAGAUGCACGAUGGAGAAAAUGUUGGAAAGGAAAACUUGGAGGGCUCCAGGUCUGCAAGGCAGAAGAGUGAUGGAAAGAAACACUUUGUCUCCUUUCUCCCACAGUUAAUCACCAAGCCUGGUGUUGUGGUUAAUUUCACUGCAACUGCACUAAGUAACAACUCUAGGGAUUGGCAAUAUACCACUGUUUACGUCUCACAUAAUGUUAAGAUUAUGCAUGUUACUCUAAAGAAUCCAACCCCCUUCCCAGUGACAGUGCAACUUCUACCUCUCUCCCAUUAUCCUAAUCCACAAGCUGCUCUGAGCAUGCUCAGCAAAUGGUAUGGUGUGAAGGAGCAGGCUUUUGAUGUCACAACUGCUGAAUUUAGGCUUCAGAAAGAAUGCAGCGACAUGCACGAAGAGCCUGAUGAAUGCAGUACUGAAGUACUAGAGUUACAGCUGCUACCCUGGGAGAGUCAGCGGAUUGGUGUAAUAUUUACCCCACUUGAUUACAGAAAAGUUACCUCACUCAUACUGAUCAGGAAUAAUCUGACCAUUCUGGACAUGAUCACUGUGGAAGGUGUAGGAGCACGGGAGAUGUUGCGCAUGGGAGGAAGACUUCCCGGCAUAGGGGGAUCCCUCAGAUUUAAAGUACCAGAGUCAACAUUGAUGGACUGUCGACAACAGCUAAAGGAAAGCAAGCAGAUUUUGUCCAUCACAAAGGUCUUCAAAGUUGAGAAUAUUGGCUCCCUGCCCAUAACCAUACAGUCUAUGAAGAUUAAUGGGUACAGCUGCCAAGGCUUUGGGUUUGAAGUGCUGGACUGCCAUGCCUUUUCUCUCAGCCAAAACUCUUCUAGAGAAAUCAGUAUUGUAUUCAUUCCGGAUUUCACAUCAUCAUGGGUUAUUCGUGAAUUGACUCUUGUGAGUGCUUCCAAUCUAGAAUUCCGAUUUACACUUAACGUGACUCUGCCUCACCAUUUGCUCCCACUGUGUGCAGACGGUGUUCCAGGCCCAAGUUGGGAGAAUUCUUUCUGGAAGAUUACGGUCUUGUGUGUCAGUUUUUCUCUGCUUGCCGUCAUUUUAAUAGCCACCCAACACGCACAUUGUAUUCUAAUCGAUUUUUUAAAGUCAAGACACAGAAACUGUGCAAUCUCUGCAUCUCCCCAAAUCUCCAGUCAAGUGGACACAAUCACAUCUGAGUCAUUCAGGGGAAGUUGCAAGAAUUACACAGAUUCCUUUAGCUCCCCUGAUAAAGGGAAAGGAAGAGGGUGUCUGACUGUCACCGCACCCCAGAACAGAAGCCAGAAUGCAUCCAAGAGGGGUCCUGCAACGUACAGCCACUCUCAAAAGAAGCACAAGUGCUCGGUUUACUACAGUGUAAAGCAGAAAUCCUCGAGCAGUGCAGCAAGCAGUAUUGCCACGUUGUGUGAUGCAAGUGAACAGCAAACCUCAGAUAUGCCCUCUGCAUGCCCAAAGGACUCAGAUUGUAAUGAGAUCCCGAACCUAACAGAAUCCAGAGAUAUGGAUAAUGAAAGGCACUUAUCCAGCCCAGACAGCAAUCUGGGCAAAGAGGAGUCUGCAAAGCAAGAUCCUCACCUCCAACAAAGGACUGUUAGUGAAAGCCCUUUGAAGGAAGAUCCUGUUCUAUGUAUGUUUCCUAUGGAAACCAAUUUGAAAACAUCAGAGAGCCUAUCUGAGCCCAAACUGCAGCCGGACUUCUGUGAUCUUCCUGUGCCUAGUAAAAUGUCUGUAAGUCACCUGUCAAAGCAUCUGUCACACCCGCAGAUGGAAUCGCGGACUGUUUCUAAGAAGAAUGAGGGGAACAGGCAGCAGACACCUCCUACCUCACACAGAGAAGCUUUAGAAUCUACGAAAAAACAAGUGACAAGAGAUGCUUCCAAUGAGAAGAUUUCCCGUAGCACUUCCAGAGAGGAGAAACUUUGUGGGCGAACUGAUGCACUUGUAGUUAAGCACGAAGAGCCACUUAGGAAAAAAAUCCCCACCGACAGGAGAGAUGGGAUUUUCCAAAAUUUAAAUUGGAACAAAAACAGAUCUUCUGCUCGAAAAAAUAAAAAGAAGAACAGCAUCUUUCCUGCAAGGGGUACUGAACAGAAUGACUUGAAACACAAGUGGCAAGAGGUAGAGCGAUCAGACAUAAGAGGUCCUAAUAGGCUAAAACAUUGGAAUUCAUUGCCAAAUGGGGACCUGUGUAAAGGGGAACCAAAAAAUGGAAGAUUCCCACUCCGUGGAGAUACAGAAUGCUAUCAGAUCCUCAAAAAGAAACCAGCAGACAAGUUUUCUUCAGACUCCAGUUCUGACUGUAGCAGCUCUCGUGGUAGCGUAAGAGCCAGCCGUGGUAGCUGGGGAAGCUGGAGUAGCGCUAGUAGUUCUGAGGGGGAUAAGAAAAAUGGCUUAUCUACAAGGCACUUUAUUCCUUCACGUGAAAGCAUGGCGCAGAGUGGUUACCCUGCAGAAGCGCCCAUUGCUCUCAACCUGUCACACAGCAUCUGUAAUACCAGCUCAGAUAUAAAUGCUAUCCCUCAUUACCCAGAAAUGUUAUCUCCUUCUUACACCAGUGUUCCAGAUACAGAGAAAAGCAAAGGUCGGUAUUCCCAUGAAGACAUCUGGUCCACCCAACCCACUUGUUUACCAAAUGAUGUCAACUAUAAUGUGGAGAACACAGUGGCAUGUGUUUUGCGUGAUCCUACUCCUGUGCAAAAUAGUUUCAUUAAUUGGAAUUCCACAUGUGACGGACAGUUUUCUGGCAUGUAUGGACCUUUGGAGUUAAAUGACUUGGCCCCAUAUAAUGAAGAAAACAUGAAUUAUCACAGUGGUUUUUCAUGUCCUGAAGUUCAGAGCCCAGCUUUUAUUGAUCACCAGUGCCAGCCUACAUGGAAUAUGAGUGCCCCUGUGCCCCCUGCUCCUCCCCAGGACUCCCCCAUGCCCAGCACCUGGGAGCCAGCAAGCUAUUCUUACCUCUCCAGCACCAGAAGUUUGUCCCCCAUGUCAGGACUUUUUGGCUCUAUUUGGGCUCCUCGGAAUGAUGCCUUUGAUGGCUGCUGCCCAAUCAGUGGCUCUCCUCCUCAUUCUGAACACAUUGGAAAUCAAUCCGUCAUGUGCAAGCAGGAGUACUCGCCCAGAUUUAACCCCUUCCAUGCCUACAUGAACCUGGACAUUUGGACAGCAACCGCUAACAGAAAUGCCGCUUUCCCAAUUUCGAGAGACUCCGGUUACUGUGGGAACUUGUGAACUGAAUUUGAUCCAAGAUAAUGUGAAUAUUAAUGCUUGCAGUUUUGAUCACUAGAGUGAGCAAGUUAUUGUAAUAGAAUACAAUAUUGGUGAAUAUUCUGGCACUUUUUAUAUCAAUAAAUUUUUUUUUUUACGGA